AUGUCUGCACUUCCUAAUCCAUCCCAGCAACACUCGUCUGCUAUCCCCACUGGUGAACACAUUCCACCUCCAAUUGGUGAGACCUCAUCUUCAGAUUACCAAACCUCAAUCAAACCAUCUACUGGAUACACUGGAGUUGAUAACGAUGCUUCUUUCAACCCAACAGCAACCUCUCCUGUCAACCCAUUUACCUCUGGUAGUGGCAACACCACUACUUCUUCAGCCACCACCAAUACUUCUGCUGGUAGUGGUACUGCUGGUACUGCUGGUGGUGUUUUAAAUACUGGUGCCGCUGAUAAAACCUCAAUCUGCUACUUGUUGACUUGGAAAGACCCAAUCCACACUGGUAAAGUAUUUGGCUCCAUUGUGUUUGGUUUACUCAUCUUCAAGAGCGUUAACUUGGUCAAUAUCUUUUUCCACGCUUCAUACGUUGCAUUGUUAUUGUCUGCUGCUGCCGAAUACGUUGGUAAAUUGUUGACCGGUAAAGGUUUUGUUACCAACUACUUUAAGCAAUCACCAACUGCAAAGUCCUCAUACUCUGAGAAAUUCAACAAGGAAUUCUUGCCAACCAUUGCCGACUUGAACACCCAAAUUGAAAAACAAGUCAAGAAAGUUGUGUUUGCCCAAGAUAUUGAGUCUACUUUGAAAGCUGCCGGUAUCUCUUAUAUUCUUUACAAAGUCACCUCCUUUGUGUCUUUGUACAGCUUGUUCAUCUUUGCCAUUGGCUUCUUCUUCACCGUGCCAUACAUUUACACCACUUACCAGAAGGAAAUCGAUGCUGCUGUUGGUAAAUAUACCUCAUGCGCCAAGGCUAAAGUCAACAAGACUCUCGAUGACUUGUGUCCACACGUUCACGGCUUUUUCAAACAAUUGGGUCCAAUUGGUCAAGCCAUUGAAAAGAAGUUGCCAGUGAGAACCGCCGGUUCUACUGUUGGAAACUCUAGAGCUACUUCAUACGGCACUGCUGCUGAUCAACCAAUCCCAGCAUCAUCAUCAUCAUCAUCAUCAAAACCAACUGGUAUCUCUUCAGGUGUUUCAUCAGGAUCCACCCAACCAACCCACAAGACAACUGGAACUACCACCGGUCACUCAUUCCCAAGUGUUGGUCAAACCAAGGUCUCUGAAGGAUUUGAAAAUGACACUGAUGACUUUGCCGACACCACCCAAGGAAGCAAAUUCUAA